AUGAGUGCGAGGCUGACAAUGGGUGGGAAAAAAAUUAAAUCUAUUUGUAACCAUGCACAGCCAGGCAUAAUCUAUGGGUACGGGAGAAGUCUAAAGGUUCACGCAACCAUCUAACCAUCCAGAGAGUAGGAAGGGCAGAGGAGGAGGAAUUCUUGCAAUACCAAAUGAAGCAACCAGCAUUCUUUCAUUUGGCUGUCAGCACCAUAAGGUGAUAGGAAAGCCAAAAAAAAAAAUGUCUCUGAAAUCAAGCCAGUCCUCAUUUACAGCUCUGAACCAUAAAAAUAUUACUCUGGUCCAUUUCUGUAAAGAGCAAUCUUCUAAAAAGCAGUGCACGUUGCAAGAUGAUGAAUGUUGCAAGCAAGGAGCUCUUGUGAGAACUAGUGAUGUGUUUCCAAAAAAGAAAGACGUUUCCUCCAGGGUCUUGCCAGGAGCACUGGACAGCAGUGACAUGCAGGCUGUGUCUCAGCACCUUUCACCUACCUGCAUAUCAGCCUUGGCAAUGAAGCAGAAGUUUGUUUUUACCAACCUCAGCUUUGAGGAGGAUUCAGAUCAUUCACCUCCUCUUUAUUCUCCAAUAAACACAGUUACAAUUGAUCUUUUGGGUAUCACUUGCCAAGACUGCAUCCAAUCCAUUGAGGACAAAAUUUCCAAGGUAUCAGGAAUCAUGGAUAUCAAAGGAUCUCUUGAGCAAAGUCAUGUAAUUGUAAAAUAUUUAGGACUGGAGAUAAGCUCUCAGCAGAUCUGCCAGGAAAUUAAAAAACUGGGAUUUGAGGCCAAUGUUAUAGAGGCAGCUCAGUCUUCAAGCCAAUGGUCCAGUGAAGCUGUGAUUAAGGUGAAAAUAGAAGGCAUGACCUGUCAGUCUUGUGUCCACACUAUUGAAGAAAAGAUUGGGAAAUUACAUGGGGUGAAGAAAAUCAAAGUGGCCCUCAACAACCAAGAAGCUAUCAUUGCUUAUUAUCCCCUUAUUAUUAAGCCUGAAGAACUAAAGAAUAGCAUAGACAGCCUGGGAUACGAAUGCACCAUAAAGUAUAAGCAAAUCCCACUGGCACUAGGUUUCAUUGAUGCUGAACGCUUGCAGCAGAUAAAUGUAAAAAUGUCCAAUGAACAUGAUGGUGACAGAAAUACUGUGGCCAAGAAUGGAUCCAGCACAUGUGUUGCAGUGCUAGAAGUGGAAGGAAUGCAUGACAAAUCUUGUGUCAAUAAUAUUGAAAGUUUGAUUUCAAAGGUGGCUGGUGUACAGGACACCAGAGUAUCCCUGGAACAAAAAAAGAUUACUGUGUGGUUUGACCAGAAACUCAUCACUCCAUCUACAUUGCAGCAAGCCAUCCAAGCCAUUCCCCCUGGUAACUUUAACCUAGUUUUUUCUUGUGGAUUGGAAGGCCAGAAUGGACUACUUAUGUCAAAUGCUGCAUCUUCUUUACCUACCUUCUCCAGUCACCUUCCCCAAGUACAGGAGGUAAAUGUAUCCAGUACAGCUAUCCUUAAAAUUGAUGGAAUGACCUGCAAUUCUUGUGUAAAUUCUAUUAAAGGCUCCAUAUCCCAAAGGAAAGGGGUAAUGCACAUCUCUGUAUCUUUAACUGAAGGUACUGCAGUUGUAUCUUACAAUUCCAUUAUAACCAACUCUGAAGAGUUACGAGCCGCUGUAGAAGACAUGGGAUUCGAUGCUUUUGUCCUAAAAGAUACAGCAGUUGGAAAACCUACUGAUGGAGGCACAGAGCUGAGUGAGCUAACGUCUGUUUCCUUGAAAAAUAAAGUCCCAGAAUUGUCAUCUGAAGAUGUAUCUUUGCAGAAAAAGAAGUUGUGUGCUAACUUUCCAAAGUUGUCCAGUGAAAGAGCCACUGAAAAAUGUUUCCUGCUUGUAAAAGGCAUGACUUGUGCAUCAUGUGUUUCAAGCAUUGAGAAGAACUUACAAAAAGAAGAUGGAAUAGUCUCUGUGCUUGUUGCCUUGAUGGCAGGGAAAGUGGAGGUAAUAUAUAAGCCAGAUAAAAUUCAGCCUCUUGAAAUAAUCCAUUUAAUUGAGAACUUGGGUUUUGAAGCUUCAAUCUUACAAGAUUAUCCUGGGGCCGAUGGCAACAUAGAUCUUAAGGUCCUAGGGAUGACUUGUAGUUCAUGUGUUCAUAGCAUUGAAUCGAAGCUUACUGAAACCCUUGGCAUUCUCAGUGCAUCUGUAGUCCUAGCUACUUCAAAAGCCCAGGUUCGUUAUGAUCCUGAAGUGAUUGGUCCUCGAGACAUUGUAAAAAUUGUUGAGGGAAUUGGUUUUCAAGCAUCUUUGGCUAAAAGAGAUCCAAAAGAUCAUAACUUGGAUCAUAAACAGGAGAUCCAGCAAUGGAAGAAAUCAUUCUUAUGCAGCCUGGUGUUUGGUAUUCCGGUUUUGGUCUUAAUGGUUUAUAUGUUAUUACCCAUUGAUGACCAUCGUGGAUCAAUGGUAUUGGAGCAAAACCUGAUUCCUGGACUGUCUAUUCUAAACCUUCUCUUCUUUGUACUUUGUACUUUGGUUCAGUUCCUGGGUGGAUGGUACUUCUAUGUCCAAGCCUACAAGUCAUUAAAGCAUAAAAUGGCCAAUAUGGAUGUCCUUAUAGUAUUGGCCACAUCAAUCGCUUAUAUCUAUUCAUGUAUCAUUUUGAUGGUUGCAGUCAUUGAAAAGGCUGAACAGAGUCCCAUCACAUUUUUUGACACCCCUCCAAUGCUGUUUGUAUUUAUAGCUCUUGGGAGAUGGCUAGAACACAUAGCAAAGAGUAAAACAUCAGAAGCCCUUGCUAAAUUAAUUUCUCUGCAAGCUACAGAAGCUGUUGUAGUGACGCUUGGACCUGACAGUUGCAUCAUCAGGGAAGAGCAAAUUCCCGUUGAACUAGUUCAGCGAGGAGAUAUUGUAAAGGUGGUCCCUGGUGGGAAAUUUCCAGUUGAUGGAAAAGUGAUUGAAGGCAAUUCUAUGGCCGAUGAAUCUCUUAUAACUGGAGAAGCCAUGCCAGUCACUAAAAAACCUGGCAGCACAGUUAUUGCAGGUUCUCUCAAUGCACAUGGCUCUGUGCUUGUAAAUGCAACUCAUGUUGGUUCUGAUACCACCCUGGCACAAAUUGUGAAACUAGUUGAAGAAGCUCAGAUGUCAAAGGCACCCAUCCAGCAACUGGCUGACAGAUUUAGUGGUUAUUUUGUCCCAUUUAUCAUAAUAAUUUCAACAGCAACACUGAUAACAUGGAUUGUAAUUGGGUUUAUACAAUUUGAUGUUGUGCUGAAAUAUUUUCCUAAUCACAGCAAGCACAUCUCAAAACCCGAAAUUAUCCUACGGUUUGCCUUCCAGACCUCCAUCACUGUGCUGUGCAUUGCAUGUCCUUGUUCUUUGGGCCUGGCUACUCCAACUGCUGUGAUGGUGGGCACUGGAGUUGCUGCUCAGAAUGGUAUUCUCAUCAAAGGUGGGAAGCCCCUGGAAAUGGCACACAAGGUGAAGACAGUGAUGUUUGACAAAACAGGAACCCUGACUUACGGUGUUCCCAGAGUCACCCGCGUUCUCUUGCUAGGAGACAGAGAAGCUACCCUGCCUCUGAAGAAGUUCCUUGUUCUUGUUGGGACUGCCGAAGCUAGCAGUGAGCAUCCUUUAGGAAUGGCUGUCACUCAAUAUUGCAAAGAGGAACUUGGCACAGAGAUCCUUGGAUGCUGUAAAGAUUUUCAGACAGUUUCUGGAUGUGGAAUAAGCUGUAAUGUUAGCAGCAUUGAAACCAUAUUGGGUGACGAGGUUCAGCAGGAUGUGACCAGUCUCAGCUCUCAUAUUGAUGGCCUUGAUAAUGGUGUUAAAGAUCAGCGUUCUCAGACUCCAAUCCCCAAAGUAAGGGAUACUGCAGUCUCUCAUACUUAUUCAGUGCUGAUUGGGAAUCGGGAAUGGAUGAGGCGGAAUGGCCUGCAUGUCUCCAGUGAUGUUCAUGAGGCCAUGAGAGGCCAUGAAAUGAAAGGACACACAGCUAUUCUGGUGGCCAUAAAUGGUGUACUUUGUGGCAUGAUGGCAAUAGCAGACACAGUCAAGCCAGAGGCAGCUUUAGCAAUGCACAUAUUGCAGAAUAUGGGAGUGGAUGUGGUGCUUAUUACGGGAGACAAUAGGAAAACAGCCAAAGCAAUUGCAACUCAGGUUGGGAUCAGAAAAGUAUUUGCUGAGGUUCUCCCAUCUCACAAAGUAGCCAAGGUCCAGGAGCUCCAAACCUUUGGAAGAAAAGUUGCCAUGGUUGGAGAUGGGGUCAAUGACUCACCUGCGCUGGCCCAGGCUGAUGUUGGCAUUGCUAUUGGAACAGGCACAGAUGUUGCCAUUGAAGCAGCAGAUGUUGUGCUGAUUCACAAUAAUUUGCUUGAUGUGGUUGCAAGUAUCCAUCUAUCCAGGAAGACAAUGAAAAGAAUCCAAAUAAAUCUAAUCCUGGCCUUAAUAUACAAUCUCAUUGGGAUACCCAUUGCAGCAGGAGUAUUUAUGCCUUUAGGACUUGUGCUGCAGCCAUGGAUGGGGUCUGCUGCAAUGGCUGCAUCUUCAGUAUCCGUAUUACUCUCUUCCCUGCAGCUAAAAUGCUACAAGAAAACGGUCCUGGAAAGAUAUGAAGCUGAGGCUCAAGGCUGCAUGAAGCCACUGACUCCUUCUCAAGUUAGUGUCCAUAUUGGAAUGGAUGACUGGAGACCAAAGCCUCCCAAACUAGCCACCUGGGAUGAUAUCAGUCAAGUGUCUCUUUCUCCCCUGACUUCGGAUAUAGCGUCAAGUGGCUUGGAGAAUGAAGCAGACAAAUGGUCACUGCUCACCAACAAUCAGGAUGAAGACCAAUAUCUUUAAAGGAUAUAAUCUGAUACUGAGCAGCAAGAUUCAAGGAUGGGACUAAGAGAGGCUUAAGAUUCUGUUUCUGGAGCACCUAUAGAGAAGUGUGCUUGGUUCUGCACUGUGCUGCCUGAUCUCAUCUGAAUGGAGGAAUGUAUCUUCAGCUGAUCCUAGUGGCUCCUGGAUUAGGACACGGCCUCAUCACAAUAUGUGUAUCAAAGAACAGAGCAUUCCUUGCAUCUCAGUACCAAAUGUUACCUAGAAAAUAUUACAUGUUUAGACAAUGAAACAUUACCAAGUAAUACCAGAAAAACUAUUUUCUCAUAAGGGUCAGAAUAAGAUUGUUGAAAUGAGUGACCAGGAUGGUUGUAAUAGACAACCAAUGCACAACAUAGGAAUGAUGGAUCCUUGUGAUCCAUAUUUUGCGGGGGGAGGGAUGUAAGCAUACUUUUUAAUGUAAGCUGUAUUCUCAUUUUUUGCAGUGUGUUUACUACUUUGUCUUAAAUAAGACAAAGUAAAAGAGAAGCACAAACCUUCAGACUUGCUCAUAUCAUGUGCAUUUUUAUAAUACUGGAUCAAGCAGACUGGUGUAUGGAAAGUUGUUCCAUAUAUUUGGAUCCUCUAUUGAUGCUAAAUCCCAUGUUGUGUAUCUGUCUCAAGUUCCACAAAAAGACAAAUGUUUCUUAUGCUUCAGAAGGCAGAAACAUGAGCAUCUGCAACAUGAAAAGUGCAAUAUUGUUAGACAUGGCAGUUCCUUAAACAUUCUAAUAAGAAUUUAUAGUUAUCUUCCUUUAAUAUUGGAAUCAGAGCAGUGCCACAAAUGUUGAAAAAUAGACUUAGGAAGUUUUUAAAAACAAUCAUAAUUAAGCAAAUUCCAGUAUAAAUCCAUUCUUUAUCCUACAUAAAGUAAAAACAAACUCAAUGAACAUGGUUCAGAAAUAAUUAAUUGAAGUCUCUCUGCCUCUCUAACUUAUCUUAUAAUUUCAUCCUAUUAUUCAUUACACUUAGGCCAGUUUUUCAUAUUGUGGAUAUAUACCUGCAACAUCCUAUCUUAAAAAAGAAAUAAAAUCCAGAUUUGCCAUUUAUUCAUGAAGUCUACACACUUUAAUUCAAUGCAAAGUCCCAAAUUACCAUCAGAACUCAGAAAGGGAGGGGAGAAAUAUUUGUAGUGAACUUGGGCACUCAGUCAAGAUAGAUCCCUGACAGAUGUCUUCAUAAAUCAUGAAAGCUUUUGUGUAAUAGCAAGUGCUGGGCGUGUUGAGCCUUGCAGUAUGGAAAGGGACAAGCAGUUGAAACUAUCGCUUUGCCAUGAAACUCUAUGGUGGACUUAGUCACUAGGUCUUCAACUGUCCAAUGCUGUCAUAGGGCUGUGAAGAAAAUAAUACUGAAGAAAAAAAAUCUGUCCAUGAAUAAGAGUGUUUAAGAAAUUAAUUAGAUUUCUGAAGAAAAGGUAGAGUCAGUGUAAUAAUGUCUCCAUGUUUAUAGAGAAAAUGGAAGGUUACAAUAAUGUUUAGACAUAAAAUAUGAAUUUAGUCUAAAUCCUUAGGCUGCUCCGUUAUAUUUCUUAUCCUGGCAGUAUGUCAUAACAAACAUUGGAUUAACAAAUACAUAAUCUAAUAUUUGGACUGAACCACAGGAUUCUGACAUUCUUCCCAGUUCCUCUUUGGAUCUGGACCAGGUCAUUUUCACAGACAAUUGCCAGCAUUAGUUAUUGUAGGAUUCAUGUCUGUUCUCAUUCAGGGGAAUCACGUGAAUUCAAAACUCUGCCAGCCUAGUUGUGCAAUGUAAAGGGCAACCCUGCUAAAACAUUUUUGGUUUGGAGGCAGCCAUUGGGGUAAGGAUGGAGAUUGCAGCUGUAACAAUGCUUUCUAAAGCAAUCUUCUAGCCUUUUUCCAACUUGGUAUCUUGCAGGGUUAAAAAUCUCAUCGUUCUCAGCCAAUAAAGCUCUCAACUGGAUACUAGUGCAGGCUGUGCAUAAUGGGAAUUUUAGUUCCA